UCGCUUACACUUCUCCCUCGCUAGAGUCACAACGCGAACACACUCUCUCCCACCUUCGUUCUUUUCUAAAAACCUCUCCCUUUGUUUAUUCUUCAAUCGAUAAACCCUCUUAUUACGCUUUUCCUGCUUUUCCCACCUGAAAACCCUAAUUUUCUUUUUUUCUUUUUUUACAGGGGAAGAAGUUUCCUCCCUUUCCCCCAUCUAAUUUAGCUCUGUGAAAAAAAUCUCCUUUUUUCUAAUUUUUGUAAUGGAUUCCAACACUUAUUGUCUCUUUUUUUUCCUUGUUUUUUUUAUAUAUCUGCCCAAUUAUUUAUCAAUCUAAUUAAGCAAAUUGAAAGUUUUAAUUUUUUUAUGAGAAAACAGAAAGAGGAACCCUAAUUUCUUUAUUUCAUUUCUAUUCUAAUUAUGGGCGAGAGUCACGUGGUUUUGGAUAUAAGUUCCGAUGAAGAGAAGGCCUUUGAUGAGCCAGAAGGGGACGCCUAUAGCUGGUUAUCCCAGCUUCUUUGUGAUGACGUAGACGAUUCUGAUGAGGUGGUAGUGCUGGGUGAGAUCAAGUCAAAGUCUUCCAAAUCAACGGUCAAUGAUGAAGACGACGACGAUUGUGUCGUUUUAGACGCUGACCCGGACAAACCCGUAUCGGCUGAUAAUAAUAAGGCGAGUGAGGGUGAGGGGGAGGGUGAUGGAGAUGGAGAGGAAGAUGAUUUGGUUGUAGUGAGAGAAAAGGGACAGAUUGCAUGCAGAGACUUCCCUCAUCCACGACAUCAUUGUGUUAAAUUUCCUUUCAGUUCUACUGCACAUGAAUUGCAUUGCGACCAGUGUCAUUGUUAUGUCUGUGACUCAGUUGCUCCAUGUGCUCAUUGGGGUUCUGGUGUUUGUGACAUGGAUCAUUGUCAUGCUACUGAGAAGCAAGAGUUCUGGAAAUCUCUGCGGAAAAAUUUUAGGCUUCAGAAAGAUACUCCUGUACCAGUGAAAGUUCCAGACGCUUCUCUAUCGACAACAUUUUCACACCUUAACCGAAUCCCACCUCGUGAUAUUAUUCAAUUGGCAUCCAAUUGUGUACCACAGAAUCAGCUCUCCAGGCCAGGCAUAGUCCGUACUUGCUCCUCUUCAAACAGAUUGAACAUUCCAAACAUCAUAAGUCAGAGUAGAAGCCGACUGCUAGGGCCAGUUGUUGCCAAAAACCGGUUACAGACACGCAUGGUUUCUCAACAAUCACCAUUGCUUAGGGUACGCAAUAAUGUCAUCCGCAGGGACAGAGGUCUUAAUGGUGGUAACUUGGGAAUGUUUAGAAGACCUGGGAUUGCUGGAGGUGCCUCCACAAUGAAUCAGACUGUUUAUGGCUCCUCAAACAACAGCAGAGGCCCUUAUGCAUCACAAGUUACAUGCACACCUGUUACCCAGGCCAAACCUACUGAUGGGAUUAACAUGCAGUGGGUCCCCAACAUGAGUCAGGAUUCAUGUACAUAUCAGAAGGGCUCCGAGACUGGCACAGGAAGUGUCUUUGUGAGUACAGUGCCCUCCCAAUCCCUAGUGUACAGUCAGACAAUUCCAGAACCUCAACUAUACAGCCAGCCUAUGUCUCAACAACUGAUAUAUAGCCAACCAAUUCCUCAACUGCGAAUAGACAGCCAGCCUAUUCCUGAACCUCAAGUAAGCAGUGAACCUGUUCCUCAACCCCUUGGAUAUGCUGAGCAUAGUUCUCAAUCAAAUAAUGACUUGAUUACUGGUGAGCUUGGCAAUCAAAGAGAAAAUACGAAAGGUCCAAAUCUUGACCUUUCUGAUUGUGACCCAUGGGUAAACGUCAUUGGAAGCAAUCAACAACCUCCAAUUGAAAAUUGUCAUCUCCAUAGAACAGGGUCUACAAAUGAGCCAUUACCUUUCCAGGACUUCAAUUCGCAUUGUAAUGGAGGUGCCAAAUUCCAUUACAGUGACCAUGAAUUUGAUGAUAUCUGGUUUCAAGAAAAUCGUGCAGUGCAGGUGCCAGAAGCAUAUGGACCUGCACAUUUGGUUGAUGCAGGUAUGCUCUUAUUUGAUUUUGAAACCUCUUUCAAUGGUCUGGCACAUGUAUAGCCAAUUAUAGCUAUUACUUUGCAAAAGAAGUUGAAUAUAAUUAUGUGCUUAGGUUGGGCUUACACUUUGUCAUAGGACCUAUUCUAGUGCACUACUUAUAUGAAAUGAAGUGUACAAAGUGUAUUGGAUGAAUGAAUCUGUACAGAGUAACAGAUGCAGGCUAAUCUUUUUUCUUAGUGAAUCCCAAACCUUAAAAUUAUGUCUCAGUUUCCUCAUGAAUUUUAGUGGAUUUGGAUUUUUCCCA